CGAAAUCCCCGCGACCUCCCCUCCCCGUCUCCCCUCUCCGCUCCCAAAUUCGUCGAACGCCACCCCACCCGCCCACUGCAAUGGCGAGCUUCAAUCCCGCCGGCGCCAGCGCCGCCAACCAUAAUCCCAACAAAUCCUUCGAGGUGACUCCGGCGCCUGGGGACUCGGUGUCCAGCCUCAGCUUCAGCCCCAAGGCGAACCACCUCGUUGCCACCUCAUGGGACAACCAGGUUCGGUGCUGGGAGGUCAUGGCUGGUGGGGCCUGCCAAGCGAAGGCCUCCAUUUCGCACGAUCAACCGGUGCUGUGCUCGGCUUGGAAGGAUGAUGGGUUGACUGUUUUCUCAGGAGGCUGUGAUAAGCAGGUUAAAAUGUGGCCCCUGCUCUCAGGUGCCCAGCCCACGGUUUUCUCAGGCCAUGAGGCACCUAUUAAAGAACUCGCUUGGGUGCCACAGAUGAAUCUUCUUGUCAGUGGGAGCUGGGACAAGACUUUGAGGUACUGGGACAUUAGGCAACCCCAACCAGUGCAUGUUCAGCAACUUCCUGAGCGUUGCUAUGCUCUAUCGCUUUGUUAUCCUCUCAUGGUGGUUGGCACUGCUGAUCGCAACGUAAUAGUCUUCAAUCUGCAGAAUCCACAGGCUGAAUUCAAGAGGAUUACGUCACCUUUGAAGCUCCAGACAAGGUGUCUUGCUGCAUUUCCUGAUCAACAAGGUUUUUUGAUUGGGUCUAUAGAAGGACGAGUUGGUGUUCAUCAUGUGGAAGAGUCUCAGCAAGGAAAAAACUUUACAUUCAAGUGUCACCGCGAUGGCAAUGAUAUAUACGCUAUUAGCUCGUUGAACUUUCAUCCUGUGCAUGGUACAUUCGCUACUACAGGCUCUGAUGGAAGUUUCAACUUUUGGGAUAAGGACAGUAAGCAAAGGCUGAAGGCUUAUAAUAGGUGUCCAUCCCCCAUCACAUGCAGCGCAUUCAAUCAUGAUGGCUCUAUAUUUGCUUACGCGGUAUGUUAUGAUUGGAGCAAAGGUGCUGAGAAGCAUAAUCCUUCUACUGCAAAGACAAAUAUAUUUCUACAUAGUGCACAGGAUUCUGACGUGAAAGGAAAACCCCGCGCUGGAAAGAAGUAGGCGUAGCAAUGAUAAGUCAGUGACUGGUGAUCGUAGGACAGCAAAUCAGCUCUCUUCUCCUGAUAGUUAGGGUAUUUCUUGACAGUACACUAGACUAAAAGCAUGUCCUUUUAUCACAACCAUUGCAUUUGCCUCUUUUGGCUAAGUAAUUUCGGUGGCAGUGCACUUACGGCGGGUUAUUUCUAAAAUGGACCAUCUGCUGGGCGGGGGCAUUGUUGUUC